AUGUUUGAAGUGAGAAAGGUAAAUGUUUUAUCUGUUAGAAAUAUAAAAAUCACUUAACCUCGUGAUAAGCUAAUAAAAUAAAUCCUAAGAAGAAAUAGUAGAACUUAGGUAUGUAAAUAUAUCAAGAAGUAUUAACAAACUCACUAAUUUAGAUACAGCAGCUAAAUACAGAUAAGCGAAGAUUAAUGUUCUGCAUUAAUAGGGUGGAAAAUAGUCAUACAUAUUUAAUGCAAUGUGGUUCCCUAAAGAUAAGAACUAAUGUAUUGAUGGUGAAGUAUUGCAUAUCUCUAUUUUAAUACAUAAGAUUCUAAAGAUUAAUUAAAUGAAAAUUAUCUGAAAAAAGAACUCAAAGAAAGGACAACAUCUAUCAUCUCAAGAAUCUCAACAUUACUCGCAGUCUCUUCAUCUAUACUUGACAAAAGGAUUUUAGUAGGAUAUACCCAGAAAUAGUUUGAAACAAAAGAGCAAAUGUAAAUUAAACCAUUUGGGAAUUAUCAAAAAGUUUCAAGAAAUAUACACAAAGAAUGGCUAUUGUACCCAAAAUAUUUGCUAGAAAAAUUUUAACACAACUUCCUUUCCUUAACAAUAGAUCCUCAUAAAAGGAGUAAAACCAUUCCUCACAGAAAUCAUUGCCAUAUCAUCAUUAAGCGAUUCUGCUUAAAAUCUACUAUAACGCGAUUCAACUUUUCUUUUAUGCAGCUUAUGAAGUAUAUUAUAGAAAGUGUGUACUCAUUUGGAACUGCCUCAAAUAUUUUGAAAUACCACUUCAAUUAUAGAUGUUCAUUUUGCAUUGAUGAAAUGGUAACUAUCACAAUAAGUUUACCUUUCAAUGCUGCACCACAAGCUAAAACAGCAUACUCCUACAUAUUGAUGAACUUGCUUUAACAAGUACAAUAAACAGAAUGCCCUUACCUACAUAUCAUGUCAAGCAAGUAGGAAUGCAGAAGCACAUUCAAAAAUCACCAGUAGAGCCACAUAAUAUUAAAAACUAUUGUGAGCUUUAUAUACUUUUUUUGUUCCUUCUUUUGGAGGGAGGAAGAGACCAUAUUUGUUAUAUAAACUGAAAUAUUGAUAAAAUAAUUUUACGAUCAAAACAACACUAAUAAAUAAACAUCUGUAGAUUAUUGA